CGUCGCUGAAUCGAACAGACAGCAUGUAAAUAAUAGGAAAUGAAAGAAUACCACACACAUCCUUGGUCCUCUGAUUUCACAUUGAAUAUGAAGCAAGGGUUCCAACAACUCCCGGGAGUCCAGCCGAGUGGAACUGCCUGAAAUACCACGUUAUUAUGAAGAAUCAAGGAGCAUUUUCAAUGAUUUGAUGGCCAUGAGACGGAGCCCAAGGAGACCCCUGAUCCUCAGAAGAAGAAAAUUGCCCUUCCAGCAGAAUGAGCCGCCGGCUGCCGAACCCCGAAGCCGGGCUCACGCGCCAGGCUUCAAAGAACCUCCGAAGUCGGUCGGCAGCCAGUGUUUCCCCGAUGGCAUCCGCAUCAUGGAUCACCCGUCCAUGUCCGACACGCAGGUGGUUGUCAUCCCCACGACGGUGGACCUGCACAGCGUCAUCGGGGCCCUCACCGCCAAGGGCAAAGAGUGUGGCGUCCAUGGGCCGAACAAGUUCAUCCUCUUGAGUGGGAACGGCAGCCUGGACAUUGGCUCUUUGUGUCAGCCCGCGGAGGAGGAGGUCGACGUCUCAGUACCAGUGAAGGAAGAAUUGGCGCACUGCUCCCUGGAUGUGAAACCGCUCACUGGAACUAAAGCAUUGAAUAAGGAAUUGGAGUUCGGUCCUUUGGAUGACAGCCUCACCAACAUGCAGUGGCUGGGCAAAAUGAACACCUUCGAAGAGGAUGCUGCCAAGCAGCUGGCCGACAAGGAGAACCAAAGCGCCAACUCUCAGGCAGAAAAUGGCCAAAUGGAUGCGCACCCUGUUCAGCAACCCAUGUCAGAGAGGCCGCCGUACUCCUACAUGGCCAUGAUCCAGUUUGCCAUCAACAGUCAGAAGAGCAGGAGGAUGACCCUGAGAGAGAUCUACAUGUGGAUCGAGGACCACUUCCCUUACUUCAGAGAGGUGGCCAAGCCCGGAUGGAAGAAUUCCAUCCGCCACAAUCUUUCUCUACACGACAUGUUCAUUCGUGAGACGUCGCCAGAUGGUAAAAUUUCUUUCUGGACCAUCCGGCCUGAGGCCAACCGAUGUCUCACUCUUGAUCAGGUGUACCAGCACGGCUGUGACCCGAUGACCGCCCCUGUUCCCGUGCCACAACUUUUACUUCCCCACCAACAACAUAAGAGGAUUCUUCCUGAUGCGAGAAAAAUGCCAACUAGUUCUGAGAGACGGAUGAAACCUCUUCUCCCUCGAACCGAUUCCUACCUGGUUCCCAUCCAGCUCCCGCUCACCUCCUCCGUCUUCCUGCCGUCCUCGCUGGCCCGCCUCCCCCCCGCCUCCGGCCCGCAGCCCACCAAGCCGAACACGUCGCGAGGAGUCAAGAGAGUGCGCAUCGCUCCGAAGGUGACGAAAAGUGAAGUCCCGUCCGUGCUGCUGCGUCUCCAGGAGGACAGAGGCCUCGUGGUGCGGCUGAAGGAGGAGCCGGAAGGCGUCCCCAUUAAAUGCGAGACUCCCAGAGCCCCUCCCCCGAGGCAAGGCAGCAGCUCGCGCCGCAAACAGCGCCUGGUCCACUCUCUGAACGAGGAGCCCGUCCUCCUCUACCCCGACAACACUUUCGUCGACUCCGGCGUCUUCUCCGACGCGUCGACCUUCCAGGCGUCGCGCGACGGCGAGCCGGACUGGCAGCAGCAGGAGCGGCACAGCCCCGAGCGGGACUUCUCCUUCAAGACGCCCAUCAAGAGCGGCGGCCACCUGACCUCCUCCACGCCCAGCAAGCCUCCCUCUCACGUGCCCCCCGAGCCCUGGAAGGUGACCCCCGUGGGCGAAGGGAGCCAGAGCGUCCUGGACUUCAGCCCCAUCCGCACGCCGGGCGGCCCCGCGGUCACGCCGCUGCACGACUACACCACCUUGAGCUUCAACAGCACGCCCUUCAAAGACUGGCCUCUGUUCAGCUCCCCGAGAGAGCUGUUCACGUCGGCUCCCGCCAGGGCGACGGGGCCCUCGGAUUGGCCGGUCGACUUCUUCCGGAGCGGCUGCUCCAGAGAGCUGCUUCAAUCAGGAGGAGGAGGAGGAGGAGGAGGAGCCACGCCCGCUAACCGCUCCAUCACAGAGGGCCUCGUCCUGGACACGAUGAACGACAGCCUGAGCAAGAUACUCGUGGACAUCAGCUUCUCCGGGCUGGAAGACGACGACCUGGGAAUGGCCAACAUCAGCUGGUCCGAGUUCUUCCCUCAGUUCAAGUAGCUGGAGGAACGCAUUUUAAUCACAUCGCAUCUCUUCUUCCAAAACACUAUCGGGGAAUAUGGGAAUAAUGAUUGAUGAAUACAUAGAUUUUUAUAGUUUCCAGGUCAUGUAAGCGAGCUGCUUACCCCCCCCCACAUUAGAUGUUCCUCUCCGCCUUUUCUUUCAUCGGUUCCGUCGCUCCUCAUCUGUCUUUUGUCUCGCUUCUAUCCUUUAAAGCUCUUCGUCGCUCCGGUUUUCUGUUGAUCCCGUAUCCUACCCGUCGUAUCUGUCCUGCGCUCUUGAAGGACACAGGAAAAUAUAUCCGUGUGUGUGUGUGUGUGUGUGUGUACACGUAUGUAUGUCUAUUUGCACAUUUUUAAUAUAUAAUUUUUAGCUUUAGCGUUUUGCGAACGAAGAGGCAAUAUAUUGCCGGCGAGGCGCCGCCGCUCGGUUCGGGCGGUCCUCCUGGAAGUCUGCUUUUAGAUUGCGGGCAAUAAACGAUAGCACAGUAAUACAAAUAGCACUAACAGCAGUGGGACGGCCUCCGGGCGCCACGCGUAGAUCCUGUCUGUUCAUCGGCCCGCCAUCAGGGGGCGCCGUGCACCUGCAGAAGGGGGACAUCUUUGCAUGCAGUCACUCCUCGUGUCAACACUGUAAUUUGAAGGUCGUCUUUACGGUGGAAAUAUUGAAUGUCUAGUGUCUCAUCUAGCAGAUUUGAUUAGUUUCCAGUAAAGAAUGCACAUGGGAUGUAGGAAAAAGCUCCUUGUAUUUUUUUGGCGGCCAGGAUGGAAGACCUUCCCGUUUUUUUUGAGACUGCCACAAAAUAAUAAUGUCAGGCUUUUAAUUGUUCCUUCUGGCUCGUGUGUGUUUUGCGUCGCGGUGAGUUCACAGCCAGCGGUGGUUUCAAAGUGUAACUUGUUCCGGUGUUUCUGCGACUGUAGCCUACAUUAAACCUGCCGGUGUCGGUGCCUCUCGCUCGGCUCACAUUUAAAUAAAGAAAAUGUAAUUAAAGACGGGUUUGGACGAACCUCGCACAAACUGCAUCUCAGUGAAAAACAUUCGGUGUGUUGCAUCUGUUGAAUGACGUUCUGUAAGCCAGGUUAUUUAUAUUUGAAUAAAGGUAGAAACCAUU